ACACAUAAGUAAGGAAAAAACGCUCGACCUCCAUUACCAAGAAAGAAGAAUGACAACGACGAUGAUGAUCUUCACCGCUGCGAUGGUUUUAGUUACUGUGCCGGCAGUCGAAGCACAGAGUGAGUGUGUGAGCAAGAUAGUCCCCUGCUUCAGGUUCAUGGACACGAAAACAAAGCCGUCGACGGAUUGUUGCAACUCGAUCAAGGAAGCGGUGGAGAAAGAUUUUAGCUGUCUCUGCACCAUCUACAACACUCCUGGUUUACUCUCUCAGUUCAACAUCACUACUGAUCAAGCUCUCAGUCUCAAUCGUCGAUGUGGCGUCAACACUGAUCUCUCCGCUUGUUCCGGUUCUGGAGCACCACCACCACCUGCACAUCCUCGACGUUUGUCUCCAUCGCCACCUUCUGCUGUUCCACCUCCAGCUGAGAUGCUCCCUCCACCUCCAGCAAUGUCAAAGAGCUUUAAAAUAGAAAACAAAUGCGAAUACACCAUCUGGCCUGCAACCUACGGCUACAAGAGAUCACUGGAAACAACCGGUUUUGUUCUCGAGAAAGGAGAGACGCGGACCAUCAAAGCCCCACCAUCAUGGACAGGUCGUUUUUGGGGUAGGACGAUCUGCUCCACUAACUCAACAGGGGCUUUCUCAUGUGCCACGGGAGACUGCGCCUCCGGAAAAAUCAAAUGCCUCGGUAACCCCAUAGAUCCAACAACUGUGGCCGAGUUUAACCUCGCUUCAUACAGUGAUGUCGACUAUUAUGACGUCAACGUCAUCAAUGGUUACAACCUCCCUUUGCUUGUGACCCCUGAGAACAAAAACUGCAGAAGCACUGGAUGCGUUGUUGACAUGAACGAGACGUGUCCCUCGGAGCUAAUGGUGAACAGUAACAGCCUCAGAUCGCACCAUCCAAUAGCCUGCAUGACCACCUGCCAGAGAUACCAGUUGCCCGAGCUUUGCUGUGUCGGACUCUCCUCUGGAAUGGUCGUACCACCGGGAAUAUGCAAGCGGACGAUUUACUCGCGGACUUUCAACCAAGCGUGCCCAAGCGCUUAUAGCUACAUCUACGACUUUGAUAACAGCAGUUUCACUUGUCCAUACUUCUCCAACUUUGUCAUCACGUUUUGCCCGUCUAGUCACAACAAAACCAGAAACAUCAUUAGCUCAACGGUCCCAAGGGCAGGAAAUGUUGACGGUUCUUCCCCCAAGAAAAUUCGAGCAGAAGCAAAAGGAAAUUUUCCAUUGAAGUUAAAACUCAUACUUGGAGUUUCAUCUGUUUUGGCUACAAUGAUCAUUAUUGUGAUUGUGGUAAGGGUUAGAGCAAAGAAUACGAGAAAGAGUGAUUGGAAUGAGAAGAACAUGGAAGCAGUUGUAAUGAUGAAGCGUUUCAGUUAUGUACAAGUCAAGAAGAUGACAAACUCAUUUGUGAAUGUUCUUGGGAAAGGGGGAUUUGGAACUGUAUAUAAAGGAAAGUUACCCGAUGGCAGCCGAGAUGUUGCAGUGAAGAUCUUGAAGGAGUCAAAUGGGGAUGGGGAAGACUUCAUCAAUGAAAUAGCUAGCAUGAGUAGGACAUCUCAUGCUAAUAUAGUUUCUCUGCUUGGAUUCUGUUAUGAAGGGAGAAAGAAAGCUAUAAUAUAUGAGUUCAUGCCGAAUGGAUCCCUUGACAAGUUCAUCUCUGAGAAGAUGUCGGCAAAGAUGGAAUGGAAAACAUUAUACAACAUUGCGGUAGGUGUGUCUCAUGGCCUAGAAUACUUGCAUAGCCAUUGUGUAUCAAGGAUUGUACAUUUCGAUAUAAAGCCACAAAACAUACUCAUGGAUGGAGAUUUUUGCCCCAAGAUUUCGGAUUUCGGUCUUGCUAAGCUAUGCAAAAAUAAUGAAAGCAUCAUGUCAAUGCUACAUGCAAGAGGCACGGUAGGGUACAUUGCCCCAGAAGUGUUUUCCCAGAGUUUUGGAGGAGUUUCUCAUAAGUCGGAUGUGUAUAGUUAUGGAAUGGUGGUUCUUGAGAUGAUUGGAGCAAGGAACAUAGAAAGAGCUCAAAAUGCUGGAUCUAAUAACACUUCAAUGUACUUUCCAGAUUGGAUAUAUCAAGAUCUUGAGAAAGGAGAAAUGAUGAGUUUUUUGGCAGAUCAAAUUACCGAAGAAGAAGAUGAGAAGAUAGUAAAGAAAAUGGUAUUGGUGGGUCUGUGGUGUAUUCAAACCAAUCCAUAUGAUCGUCCGCCAAUGAGCAAAGUUGUUGAAAUGUUAGAGGGAAGUCUAGAGGCUCUCCAGAUUCCACCUAAGCCUCUUUUAUGUUUACCCGCGGUAACAAUUCCAAUAACUGUUUAUGACAUUCAAGAGACUUCAAGCUUCUUGAAACCAAGUCAAGACACUUCAUAUUAUUCCGAACAAGUUGUUCAAGAUAUUGUAGAAGAGAAUCAAGAUAGCUCAAGAUCUUCCUAAACCAAGGCCAUCAAAAGACGAGUGUUAUUCUUACAAGUUGGUAAGGUUUUGAGAUCAUCUUACCGGUUUGAUGAUGAAAUCUAAAUUAUAUUUUGCUACAGUAUUCACCAUUAAUCAUUCAUGUGGAAAUGAAAACCCAAAAUAUUC